GACACGGAAUUUAAAAGGACGAUGAACGAGGCCAUCGAUCUGCAAGCAAUAUCUUUGGGUUGACAGCUAGCGAAUAGCAAGUGACAGCGGAGUCUGUGUAGUGUUGCAAAACAUGUAAUUGUCAGGGAAUGGAAGUUAUGGACAAGAGGAAAAGGAAUAAAUGAAGGUUAAUUUUUGUUGGUAUCAGUCAUGGUGUCCAGUAAAUGGGUGACUGUUUCCUGGAGCAGCAUUGUACCUGUAGCUAGUGCAGAUGUAAGAGACAGCAGCAGUGUGACUUGUACAGAAAACAAUUCUGGCCAAUCUGAUAUUCGGUAAAAUGUAUACCUCGCCACGUAGAGACAUCCAUGACAUCAGAAAGUGGGGAUAUAAUUUGUGUGUCACACUUGUGGGAGAUUUUCAACUUUCUGAGUCAUGUGAAUCAAGAUGCAGACAGGAGAAAGAACAGCUAAAGAUAAACGAUUACAAAACUCCAAUGUAAGACCAAAAGGAACUUAUUGUGCUGCUUUAUGGUGUAACAAUAAUUUUGGAAGUAAUCCAUCGCUGUCAUUGUUCAGAAUUCCCAGAGAAAAAUCACGAGCUGCACAGUGGUUAGCAAAUGCAGGCCGAGAAGAUUUACUGGAAAGAGGUCCCAAGGCUUGGCAUGUAAAGUAUUUGUGCGAGCAGCAUUUCACUGAUCGAAUGUUUAUGAAUGAAAAAAGGAAGAAGUUAGUGUGGAAUGCUGUACCAACAAUUUUUCCACAGCCGCCAAAUACAUUAAAAAAGAAUCUUGCCUCAACAUCUGGAAAAAAGGAUAUGUUAAAUCAGCCAUCACUGCAGGCUAAAAUAUUGCGCAAAAUACUUCCGAAACCAGUCUCCCUGAGUUCUGGAGAAGUUUCUGUCAGGGAGACCUUCACUGGGUCAGCUACUUCUACUGACGAAGAAAUGGCCACAGUCAGUGCCGCCACUGCAGUACCAGAGAAUGCUGACAGCCAACUGCCGAUUGAAACAACCAACAAUAUCUCACUUGUGGAGUCAGCUGAAGCAAAUGAAAUAGAUAGUUUUGCAUCCCAUUUGUCUGAUGUUAAAGAUUUCAGUUUUGAACCAUAUGGUUUUCAUUUUGAUUUUAACUGUGAGAAAUCGGAUGAAAAAGCCUUUCCAUGUUCAUCAUGUGGAGAAAUGUUUCUUUUUAAGAACAGUCUAAUUGCUCACGAGGCAAAAUAUCAUCCAGAAUGUUACUCGGUUACGGAAAAUGUGUCCAAGUAGUUAAGCAGAGAGAAAGAGUUCGUUGAAGAUGAAUAUGAUUGUAAAUUUAAGCCAAAAUCCGAGACCUCCUGUUGAAAACUUUGUUGGAACAUUUCUUAUUCUUACUCAAAUGUUUCCCUAAGUCAGUAUAUUGCCUAGAUAUCCGACUGAAGUACACUUUGAUUUAUUAGGUGUGCUUCAACCAUUUGUUAAAUUUUCUCACCAUGGGAUUGUGUUUCAAAAGAAAUGACAUAUCAACUGGUAGUUUCCUUAUUUCAUUAGGGCAAUUUUCAUACAAAGUGUGGCAUGGAUUUUUUAAAAUUAUUGUCAGAAAUGGCUUAUUGUUUUGAUCGACUCAGUGGACAGAUGCUCUUUAGAAAAGCCAGAUAACUAAUCACUUCGUAAAAAAUUUCAUCCAGUCAUAUCCUGUUCAUCCAGCAUUGAUGAAAUUUCAAUUCUUUGGAUUUGGUAGCAUUUAAUCAAGAAAUUGUCAUAAAAAGUGACUUGUAAUACUGAUAAUACUCAAUGUGUUACAUAUAAAUCCAUUUUAUUGUUCAUGUUAAUUUUUUCCUUGCUUCUCCUUCUGUAAUGUCUUCACAUGUUAUUAAUGUGAUAAGCUGUCCAAGUAAAAUAAAAUAAAUUGUGUAUAAGCUGGUAUUGUCAAAAACCUUUUGUUACAGUGGAUGUAUGAACUUAAAAUAAUGCAUGCUGAUACACAUUCACAU